AGAUCUCCCACAGAGAAGCAGGUGACCAGUAGAGGAGGGACACCUCUUCCACAUGUUCCCUCUCCAGCACACAUCAACAAGGAGGUGGUCAGCAACUCUGUGCCCCAGCAGGCCCCUCCCACCCCAGAGUCUAUAGACCCCAGUGAAGAGAUGACAGACACAGAGGACAACGAGGAAGAGGACCUGGGAGUCAGAGAGGACCAACGGAACAUGAUCCUUCACCUGCUGUCGCAGCUCAAACUGGGCAUGGACCUCACACGGGUGGUACUCCCUACCUUUAUCCUGGAGAAGCGUUCCCUCCUAGAGAUGUACGCUAACUUCAUGGCUCACCCAGACAUGUUCCUGAACAUCACCACGGGAACCACCCCAGAGGAGCGCAUCGUCCGAUUCGUGGAAUACUACCUGACCGCCUUUCACGAGGGGCGCAAGGGUGCCGUGGCCAAGAAACCCUACAACCCCAUCCUGGGAGAGAGUUUCAGGUGUUCCUGGGACGUCCCCCGAGAGAGAGUCCACCCACUGAGGACCAUGAGCUCUGUCCCUAACACUAACACGACACCCACUUCAAACCCCGCCCCUAACCCCGCCUCUUCCUCUAGAGGCUCUUCCCCUAACCCCGCCUCUUCCUCUAGAGGCUCUUCCCCUAAACCCGCCUGUUCCUCUAGAGGCUUUUCCCCUAACUCCGCCUCUUCCUCUAGAGCCUCCCGCCGGACAGGGACGGAGGGCGGGGGUGCUCAGACAGAGGACUGUUACCGGGUAAGGUUCGUGGCGGAGCAGGUGUCACACCACCCACCCGUCACUGGGUUCUACUGCGAGUGUAAAGAGAGGAACAUGUGCGUCAACACCCACGUCUGGACCCGAAGCAAGUUCAUGGGCAUGUCCAUCGGAGUGUCUAUGGUCGGGGAAGGUGUUCUACGUCUGUUGGAGCAUGAUGAGGAGUAUGUGUUCACUCUGCCCUGUGCCUACGCCCGCUCCAUUCUUACCGUACCCUGGGUGGAGCUGGGAGGGAAAGUCAACAUCAGUUGUGCCAAGAGUGGAUACUCUGCCACCGUUACCUUCCAUACUAAACCCUUCUAUGGAGGAAAGAUACACAGAGUGACAGCGGAGGUGAAGCACAACCCGACGGGGACCAUAGUGUGUAAGGCCCAAGGGGAAUGGAACGGUACCCUAGAGUUCACCUACAGCAGUGGAGAGACCAAGGUCAUCAACACCUCCAAGCUGCCUGUCAUCAGGAAGAAGAUACGCCCCUUGGAGAAACAGGGACACUACGAAUCACGGCGUCUGUGGCAGCAUGUCACCUCAGCUCUGAGAUCAGGAAACAUUGACUCUGCUACAGAGCACAAACACUGUCUGGAGGAGAGGCAGAGAGCAGAGGGCCGACAGAGAGCAGCCUCCAACACACCCUGGACACCCAAGUACUUCAUCAAGGAGGGCGAGGGCUGGGUGUAUCACAACCCCUUGUGGAAGACCCACUGACGAGGGAGGGGCCUCGGG